AUGUCUGGGCGCUGCAGUGGCUUCCAAGGUUCUGUCUUCACUCCAGAUUUGGCUGUUCGCUUUCAAUGCGAAACGACGACUGACGAGGUUUCAGACGAGGCCGAAAGUUUCUCCGAGUCGGAAUUGUCAUCAGACAACGACGGGACGGAGAACGAGGAAGAUCUUUCCGUGAGCGAACACAGCGAUGACGCUACUCUUUUACCAGACAAUGCUGCUUCGCUCCAAGAGGAAGAUCUUCCCGUUCUCGUUGACAGCGAUGACGACACUCUCCCUCCUUCACCUCAACAGCAUUCUUUGUUACCUCCUCCAUCUCCUUCUCACUCUCCUACACCACCUCCAGUUUUACCAUUUCCCAGCCCAUCUUGUCUUCCGUCGUCAUUGUCAACGUCACGUCCUCGUCGCCGUCCUUGUCAGCCUCGUCAGCCACGUCAACAGCUAAGGAUAGCCACUCGUCGGCCUCAACAACAGUCGCAACAACAGCAGUCGUCUGAUUCCGAGCCUGAGCCAGCCGAACACCUUGAUUGCCGCUCUGAACCACUGAACGUCCAGAAGUUGUCUGAAUAUCCACAUGUUGAUACAUAUCAACUCAAUCUUUCACCUUUUCAACCAUUCAGGCAACCUGGAUUCUACCCUCCUCCAACAUAUCCAACCGACGCCCUUGGAGUCUUCAAACUGUUCUUCACCGAUGAAAUGCUGGAGACCAUCAGAAUAAACAGCAACAUCAACGGUGAAGACAGUUGCAAGAAGUCUUACCGUGGAAGAUCAGAAGGGCGCCGAGGAGGGGGGAGUUUUCGUUCAGUGACGUUUGCGGAGAUGAACUCAUUCAUAGGGCUCAUACUAUACAUGGGAAUUGUAAAGGUUCCUGAGCUCUCUGAAUACUGGUCCACAACUUUUCCAUUUCACGGAUUGUGGGCCAGACGGUUCAUGUCACGCAAUCGUUUUGUCGCUAUACUAUCGGUCCUGCAGAUGGAGAAUCCUCGCACUGACAAGGACCGAGAGGCUGACCCAUUGAGGAAAGUGAGAGGCCUCGUUGAGGCCAUGCGCCUCAACUGCAUGAAAUAUGGUCAGCCCCAUGCCCGUGUCUCACUUGACGAGCGAAUGGUCAAAGCCAAAGGUUGCUUUGGCUUUAGGCAAUACAUAAAGAACAAACCCGUCAAGUGGGGAGUGAAGUUGUAUUGUGUAUGCGAUUCCAUCUCCGGCUACACAUACAACUUUGAGGUAUACACGGGCAAAGAGCGACAAUGUUCGGAUGCGGCGACGACAGCAACAACUACAGUAGCAGCAACAACAACAACUGCAGCAUCAACAACAACAUCUGCGGCAGCAACAACAUGUGCAGCAGCAACAACAGUAGCAACAACAACAGCUGCUGCAACAACAACAGCUGCUGCAACAACAACAACAGCUGCAGCAACAACAUUAGCAACAACAACAUCAGCUGCAACAACAACAACUGCUGCAACCACAACAACAUCGGCUGGCUCGGCUCGGAAACGACGGAAGACGACACGUCAACCAGCGGAUGACACAAGUGUGAUCCAUCGUACAGUCAUGCGUAUGAUGGAUCCUCUCCUUGAUCAGGGGUACACUGUAUACACAGAUCAAUUCUACACUUCAGGGCCUCUGUUCAAGGAACUUUACAAUCGGGGUACGAUGGCUUGUGGUACAGUCCAGAAAAACAGGAAGGGUGUUCCUCCAGAAAUGAAAACGCCAAGAGCCUUUGGCAAGUCACCACGUGGUUCAUUUCGCUAUCACCGCGAUGAAGAACUACUGGUUAUUCAGUGGGUGGACCGAAGCGUGGUGACGGUCAUGAGCACCCUUCAUUCUGGACACCGUUAUACUCCCUGCGACAGAUUUACCAAGGAUCGUGCAAAGUAUGACGGGCACCACAAGAUAACGAUUUCCAGACCUGAGGCUAUCGGCGACUAUAAUGUGCACAUGGGCGGAGUAGACAAAUCUGAUCAGAUGAUCAAAUACUACGAAGUCCUGCGCAAGAGCCUCAUGUACUGGAAGAAGAUCUUUCUGCACAUGAUUGACUUAGCCGUAUUCAACAGCUACAUCAUGUUUACUGCCCUUCAACAACAACAUCCUCAAGAUCCACUUCUCAAGAGGAAAGGGCAGUAUUCGCAGAAAGACUUCAGGUGUGAGCUUAUGCGAGGGUUGGCUGGAAUCGAUUUCCACGAACCUGUACCACGAUAUUGCGAAUCAAACAAACGUGUGGUACAGGUUCGGCCUCAAGUGGAUUGUCAACACCAAAGAGAACUACAAGACCUACAACACAUUAUUGUACAACAACAGAUACAACAUCACCAAAACAUACAAACAUUACAACAUAUGCAUCAACAACAAAUGCGUCAACAACAAAUGCAACAUCAACAAGACAUACAAACAUUACAACAAACGCAGCAACAACAAAUGCAUCAACAACAAAUUCAACAUCAACAAGACAUACAACAACAACAACAAAUGCAUCAACAACAAAUGCAACAACAACAACUUUUACAACAACAACAACAACAACAAUUGCAACAACAACAACAACAACAACAGCCAAACCCUCAGCGUAGCUCACACAUCCCGAUUGUAACAGAGCGGCUAGUACGUUGCAUUGUUUGCUACCGUGAAGGUAGAAAAAACAUAAGAACACGUUAUCGGUGUCAACAAUGCAACGUACCCCUCUGUGUGUCAUCUGCUCAGAGACACUGUUUUGCGACGUAUCAUUCAUGAAUGGAGGUGCUUGUGAGAUGUCACUUUUGACUGUAAAUAGAUUAUAUAUAUAUUUGUAUACAUAUUUGUAUACAUAUUUGUAUAUAUAUAUUUGCAUAUAUUUUAUAUAUCUGUUUUACAUUUAUUGUAUAUAUGACAAGUAAAUUUAGUUUUUAGAUGACAUAUCACUAAAAAGUUUGUAUAUAGAGGAUAAAAUUUUUUACAGGUAUACAGAUAUAAUUGGAAUAGAUGUGUUGGGUUGAAGUUCUGCUGUCAAGUAA